AUGAGCUCCUCUGCCGACCUCGUCGCCAAUGGCGUCGAUCGCCACGACCAUGUCUUGCGUCCGAGACCGCGCAAGCCCCAGCAUUCCGCCGUCCGAGCCCUGUCGCGCGCCUCCUCCGGGGAGAACAUGGACGGCCAGACCCCCUCGUCCGCCGCCUUCGAGAACGGCUCCGCCAGCGGCCUCGCCAGCGGGCGCUCGACACCCGUCCCCGAGAACGCCCCUCCCUCCGUCAAGAGCCUGUCCAGUGCGCGCAAGCAGGCGCGUGCUGAGAAUCGACGCAGGAGGAUCUUCCCGUCGACCGACUUUGAGUCCCGCGUCUCGCAUUUCGACCCCGAGUCCGAUUAUAGGGACUUUCACGGGUUCUUCAACCUCUUCUGGAUCGGCCUCUUCAUCAUGGGCAUCACCACUGGCCUGAGGAACAUGAAGGACACGGGCUUUCCCUUGCGGUUCCAGAUAUGGACCCUCUUCACCAUCAAGCUGUGGCACCUGGCCGUGGCGGACGCCCUCAUGGUGGGCUCGACCAUUGUCAGCUUGGGGAUACACUGGAUGUCGAGAAAUGCCCCGGCCAACGGCGUGCUCGCCUGGAAAAAGGGUGGCAUGGCGCUGCAGAGCAUCUACCAGGUCGCCUGGUUUGCCUUUUGGGUCUUCCUCCCCUUUUACCUCGACUGGACAUGGACCGCCCAGGUCUUUUUUCUUCUCCACACCAUGGUCCUCCUCAUGAAGAUGCACUCCUGGGCCUUCUACAACGGCCACCUCUGCGAGACGGAGAAGCGCCUGCACAGCCUCGACAACCACAGUCGCAACAGCCCCUCCGACCUCCGACCGGCGUACCUGUACCCCAGCGCCGAGCGUCCCGAGCCCACCACCGCCCCCAAGAGCCGCGUGAGCCUGUCAGACGAGGACAAUGAGAAGAGCGCCGAUGAGCUCGGCACCCUCCGCGAGGACCUUGCGCGCGAGCUCACCUCGCCCAUCGGCAACGUAACCUACCCAGCGAACCUGACGCUGGCCAACUGCGGCGACUACCUGCUGUGCCCGACCCUCUGCUACGAGAUUGAGUACCCACGUCUCGAGCACCGGAACUGGAUCUCGCUCAUCUCCAAGAUCAUCGCCACCUUUGGCUGCAUCUUCCUGCUCACCGUCGUGUCCGAGGAGUUCAUCCUGCCCGUGCUCACCGACGCCGCGCAGAAACUCCACCCCGUCCUGGGCGCCCCGCCCCCCAUGUCCGAGUCGCUCCUCAUCCUCCUCGAGAGCAUCUCCUGGCUGCUCUUCCCCUUUAUGCUCACCUUCCUCCUCGUUUUUCUCGUCAUCUUUGAGUACGUCCUCGGCGCCUUCGCCGAGAUCACUCGCUUCGCCGACCGUCACUUUUACUCCGACUGGUGGAACUCGACCGACUGGAUGGAGUUUUCGCGCGAGUGGAAUAUCCCCGUCUACUCCUUCCUCCGUCGCCACGUCUAUUCCGCCUCGCGACCCCAUCUCGGCAAGUCCAGGGCUACAGUCAUCACGUUCCUCAUCUCGGCCGUCGGCCACGAGAUUGUCAUGGCGUGCAUCACAAAGAAGAUUCGAGGUUACGGCUUCAUCUGCCAGAUGAUGCAGCUGCCCAUCUUCAUGAUGCAGAACACCAAGUGGGUCCGCGGCCGGCAGACUCUCAACAAUGUCUUCUUCUGGGCGAGCAUGAUCCUCGGCCUGAGUCUGAUCUGUGCACUCUACGUGCUUGUAUAA